GUCUCCUCUCUGUCUGAUAACCUUGAGUAUCUUGUCCAAUCAUAGAUUAUCUACCAUCCUGAAUCCCGUGAGAAUGUCUAUUUCACGAUUUGAAAGCAUGCGCUUCAUUAAAGACAUGAUCAGAUACCAGUUCAGCUUGAUGCUGGCUGAAAAGAUUUAUCCAACCAUCGAUAAAUUAUUAUCUCGACUUCAAUCCGACUGUCAAGAUUUUCCUAUCCACAGUCAUACCACUUUGUCCAAGAUUAUGAAAGAACUAGGAUUUAAGUAUUCUAAAACAUCAAAAGCUACCGUACCACUCGAUUCCACGUCCUUCAUUGCUCAAAGAGCGUAUUAUUUCGAAAACUGAAUGAAUUUCACGGAAAAGGUACAUUGUUAUUUUGGCAUGAUGAAACAUGGGUAAAUUCAGGAGAAGAAAAACAUAGUAUUUGGAUAGAUAAUUCUGGCCAUGGAAGGCUCCGAAAGCGAGAUGGUCAAGGACCCAGAUUAGCAAUCAGCCCUAUGCUUAGCAAAGAUGGAAUUCACGAAAGUACGGUGGGCAUAUGGGAAACUUCUAAAGAACAUAAUAUGACUUCAGCUCGUUUUGUCAAUUGGAUUUCUGAAGCUGUAGGAACUCUACGAGCUGAAAAUGUAAAUUCAAAAAUCUGUAUAAUAGUGGAUAAUGCACCGUGGUAUAAUGAAUUGGCAGAGGAGACGAAAAUGUCAAAGCGUGCUUGGGUGGAGGCACAGGUGGUCCAACGGCUAAAUGAUCAUCAAGUGCCAUAUUUGGAUAUUUAUACAAAAGCGGAGUUGUUGGAACUGGCUGAUGCCUACGCUCCAAAAAAGGUAUUCAAAACAGAUGUAGCCGCCGCAAAAUUCGAUGUUGAUAUUUUACGUCUGCCAGUAAGACACUGUGUGCUGAAUCCAAUCGAACUUGCUUGGGCGGAAAUGAAAACUUUUAUUCGCAAUAACAACGUGACUUUUAGUUUGAAAGAUGUUUCUGUGUGGGCCAAAGCUUGGCUGACAGCAUGUGAUAUGUAA